AUGUGUCGUCACAGUCGUCACUCGUCACACAUAUCCAUUUGGUGCAUCCCAGGGUUGUACAAUGAUCACGAUGUCGAAAAUCUUCAUUAUGAAGAAUACUGGACAAACACCAGCGUUGAGGACUGGUCGAUCGAAUCAUUUGAUGUUCAUUGGAUCCAACAAAAUCCACGUCUGCACCAUAGGUCAGCUCAAGUUCACGCUUCACUAGGUAAUGAGUUAAGUAUACUCGCUAGGAGAUCAGAUCAAAGGAUAGCGGAUAAAGCACAAUCGUUACAAAAACAACUAAAGAGUGACAACAUACAUAAUGGAGAAACAAGCAAGGAUAACAGCGAGCAUGAAGAGAGCGAAACUCUGGUUAAAAAUCUUCUCGAUGAACUACAACAGUGCUCUGAGAAAACGGAUAAUUUAAUACACAGUUUUCAAAAGUACUGUAGUGAUUCUGUUAAUGAAUUUACCCGGAAUGAAAUUAUGGACCUAACCCCGUCUUCAGAGUUUGUUCUAAGAUAUACGGAUGAGGAUGACUACAUUCAAGUUCUAAAAGAGACCUUUGAGCCUGUCGAUGAGUUGUUUCCGGAAAGAGCGUUCGAAUUUCUUGAUGACUUUUUUUCAGAGAAUUAUACCCAUCAACAAUGGGAUAACAAGCUGGAGAGUUUGUUGGAACCGGAGGAAGAUCCAUUUUUGAAAAAGUUGAAGAGACUUUUAUUUGAGACAUUGCCUGCCUUGCAAAACCAUGAUAUGCUGGAAGAUGAAUUUAUGAAUACGUACAUCCAUCCUGUUCUAAAGAAGGCAAUGUGCAGGUUUUCGGAUAUUCGUUAUAUACCGGGAAACAAAGCUAUUCAAGCAUCUGCGUAUAGGAAGUCGAUAACGAAACAAGAAGGAAAUGCAGACCGCUCAGAUGGGAUUGCGUACACAAACACCGAAAAAUCAUAUGAAAUUUGUGUAGUAGAGGGUUCCAGGCCAUAUGUUGUUGAUGACACAAAGGAAAUGUCUGAUUAUGUUCAGAAUGCGCGAGCUGGAAAAGAUAUAAUAAACUAUACUGUUGUAUCCGAAGUCAAGUUGAAACGAGCACCGCCCCUGCAAUUCAAAGCCUAUAUGGUUCAGAGCAUUGGAUUAAGUCUUCGAUUUUACUUCAUGGACUAUUUGGGAACAUAUCGGCUUUUUGAAAUUGAAACGUGCGAAAUUCCAACGGAUAUAGAAGGUGUCAAUUUAUUCACAUCUUUUUUUAAGGCAGUUGUGACUUGGGCG